CGAAGGCCCAUAUCACGAGCAUGCCGUGGGUUGCCAACAACAACCAAGCGGGUGAGUUCCGCCUGCCGACGCAUGCGGCCUUCCUCAAAAACAUGCAGGCGUCGCUAUCGCCAACGCAAACGUUCCGUGCGCAAGAGUACGAACACAAUGCGCCGUUUUGUGUCUUCCUGCACCCAUCGCAUGCUCCACCCCAAUCCUCCGAGUCGUUGUUCGUGUAUCCCCGAACUUAUGCCCAGUUUGUGUCCCAAGUGUGCUUCCUCGACGAAGUUCCUGAGGACGCAAUCUGGUGCAGCGCUGAGCAAUUGAUCAACCUGGAAUUGUGUGACGGCCAAGAGGCGACGUGGCGAUGGUAUAAUCCAACGCAAGACCCACUGGCAGCAUCCAUCACGUUUGAAAUCCGUCCCCUUGUCAGCACUGAAGGCGGUGCCGAUUCCAUCGUUGUGGACGUUUCCGCCGUCAAAUCGCGACUCGCCCAGCUUGGACACGGUAAAAUCCUGACGGAAAACGAACGUGUGGUAUUGCGCAUGACCGACGACGACGACCGUCCCUUCUUUCUUCGAGUGGUGCAUCUGGAAGGCCACGAUCCCAACGAAACCGAAUUCACCAUGCCUUACGUGUUUCGAGGACGCGUGGACGCCGCAACGACGGCGAUUUUUCUCGUCAAGGAGAAUCCCGACAGCGAAGAGUACGAUUUGUUUCACGACAACCCCACCGACACCGACCAAGCCCUGCCACCGUCAUACAAGGGGUCUGUCGUCGAUGUGUACACAAACGAUGACGAGAUGUUCCCCGUCAAAAAGAAACUCUUGUGGCCGUGCAUCAAGCUCACGUCCGCCGUCAUGGCCGGCCACGGCGUCCACAAGGACAAGGAGAGCGUCGUUCACGUCGACGUGGACUGCCUUACAUUUGAUCGCGUGUUACUGUACCUGGAGCACGUGGCACUGCACCCUGACGAGACAUUUCAGUUCGAUCCGCACUUUACCGAUGGACUACUGCAUGCCGCGCGCACCGUCGGCUGUCAGGGGCUCGAGGAUUUGUGCCGCAUGAAGAUGGGCGAAUUUGAAUCCCGUGUGCGGAAACAAGCUAUCAAGUACAGUUACGUCGUGGAGCGCAACCUUGUCGGCAACGAGUUUUGGCUUAUCAUGGACGGCAUGGUCCUGGAUAUCACGCGGUGGCUGCCCGAGCACCCAGGCGGGUCCGAGCUCAUUCCGAAGGAGGCACUCAACGUCGAUUGUGUCGGCAUGUUUGAAGUCUUUCACGCGUCCAAAGCGUCGUUCCGGUACCUCAAGCAGUUUUACAUUGGCGAACUCGGCGACAAGGAGCGGGGGCUGUGCCCGAACGGCCAUACUCACAAGGAGAUUCCCAUUCCAUCGCUUGGGUUUAUGGACGAGUUUAGGCGGUACACAACGUGGCGAAUUACGCCCGAAGAAGCCGUGCACAUCAGUUUUUAAAGCUGAUACUGGUGCUGUUGCUGAUGCUGACCAGCGCUACUUGACGAGAGGGACAUGAAGGGCGCGGCCAUGUGCGGGGGCUUGUGCAUGGAGCUUGUGUGUCGUGCAGUGGCGUUCUCAUUCGAAAUGAAUGCAGGUGGUGGCUUGAGUAAUGCGAGAAAUUGAGCGACCGCACUCUCCGUAGUGGCAGUGUUGCCGCCAUUGCCCAAGUCUUCGC